CAGCGACCCGGAUGCCAGACCAGAUGCCCUUCUCCUCGAUAAAAACGGUACCGGAGAUGAUUCUCAGAGGGUCAAGUUUAUCCUUGGUGAUGAAGGGUCUGGUUACAAUGAGUUUAUACAAGAAAUGGCUUACAGAGAUGCUUCUCAGCGGGUUAAGUUCAUCCUUGGUGAUGAAGCCGAUGAGGGUCAUGAAUCUCAUGAGAUCUUCACAGAGAUGGAGGAGCUGUGCGUUGGGUCUGACGGGGAAGAGCUUGAGUGGAAAGAGAUGGCAAGGUGGAUAAAGUACGAGGAGGAUGUAGAUGUGGAUGCAGACAGAUGGAGUAAACCUCACGUAGCGACACUGCCUCUUCACAGUCUGUUUGAACUGAGGAACUGCCUGAUUAAUGGUACAGUGUGUCUGGACAUGGAGGCAGACAACAUAGUCCAGAUUGCAGAUCUUGUCCUGGACAAGUUGAUUAUGUCAGAACAGUUGGAUGAGAGCAAGAGAGAACAGGUCCGGGAGGCUCUUCUACGCAAGCACCAUCAUCAGAGCCACAAGAAACACCGUGACAAGAGGGGUAGCAGUCUCCUGCCCAUGAUCAGAUCUCUGACGGACAUCGGACGCAGUCUCUCACAGGGUGGCUCUCACAAUACAAGCAUGGAACAACAAGCUGCUCAAGGGACACUACAGACAUCCCAUGGGUCAUCCCCUAACAUACAGAACAGCCAAACCUCCCCUAGCUCACUCAUGGUCAAGACCAGCUCCGGUGAGCUAGGCAAGUCAGAUACAUCCGGGAGCCUCCCCAAGGUCUCAAGUCAUCACAGUCUAAAGAAAAGAUUCAGUGAAGCUCGUCUCUCCAUCCCGCACAACCUACACGGACAUAGUCUCUCGAAAAGACUGAGUGAAGCUAGAAUGUCUCUGCCGCAAAACCUCCAGGGUCUUAGUAUGACGUCUCUUGAAUCCUAUCAUAGAAGUAAACCAGAAUCCAUUAAACAUAAGCUGGAUUUUAGACAUGGAAGAUCUAAGUCUUUCCACUCGGUCAAAGUGGAUUCACCAAGACUUUACAGAGCGCAUCUUAUUGAUAGGUUUGAGAGGUCCAAGUCUGUCCAUUCCGUCCCAAGUAAAUCCGGAUCCCUCCAUUCUAAUAAAUCAGAGAACUCGUUUAAAUUAAAACGAUCAUCAAAGGCCAGGCACAGUUUCAUGCGGAAGAUCCCCCAGGGUGCGGAGGCCUCCAACGUCUUGAUCGGCGAGGUGGAUUUCCUGUCACGUCCAAUCAUUGCUUUCGUUCGCCUCCAGACGGCGGUGUCCCUCGGUGACCUGACGGAGGUCCCCAUCCCGACCAGGUUCCUUUUCAUCCUCCUUGGCCCGCAGUCCGGGGGAACCAAGCGAUACCAUGAGAUCGGGAGAUGCGUAGCAACUCUCAUGUCAGAUAAGAUUUUCCAUGAUGUUGCUUACAAAGCCAAGAACGUCAAGGACCUUCUUGCAGGCAUUGAUGAAUUCAUUGACUCUGUUACAGUUCUUCCACCUGGUGCAUGGGAUCCGAAUAUCAGAAUUGAGCCGCCCAAGACGGUUCCUUCGCAGGCCAAGAGAUUAUCCCACUUCCAAACACCCAAUGGACACGCAGAAGGGAUAGAUGAAGAAGAUGGAGGAGGAGGAGGGGGUGGAGGACAUAACGGAGAGCAUGAAGGGCUGGAGAGAACAGGAAGGAUAUUUGGUGGUCUGGUUGAGGACUGUAAGCGUCGCUUCCCUUUCUAUCUGAGUGACUUCAAAGAUGCGUUCCACCUGCAGUGUCUGGCUUCGUUCAUCUUUAUGUACUUUGCUUGUAUCACUCCUGUCAUUACGUUUGGUGGACUACUGGGCGAGGCUACAGAUAACAAAAUGAGUGCGUUAGAGAGUCUACUUGGGGCUUCCAUAUGUGGUGUAGCAUUUCAUCUCUUUGCGGGUCAACCUCUUACCAUCUUAGGAUCAACGGGUCCUAUUCUAGUCUAUGAGAAGAUAUUGGUCAGCUUCUGCGAAACCGCUGGUCUGGAUUACCUGUCAUUUCGUUUCUGGAUCGGCCUUUGGACGAUGUUACUAUGUAUCAUCUUGGUUGCAACGGAUGCUAGUUCUCUGGUCAAGUACUUCACCCGUUUUAUCGAGGAGAGCUUCUCCAGUCUCAUUUCCUUCAUCUUCAUCUACGAGUCUGUUCACAAACUUAUAAAGAUCUACAAGCAAAACCCUGUGGAAGGAUAUGUGAAUGAAAACACGACAUAUGAAUGCAUGUGCCAGACAGCAUCCAACUUGUACGAGUAUCGCGAAGAAGAUUUCUAUGAAGAAGCAGAGGAAGAUUGUGAACGCAUGAAUGGGACGCUCGUGGGUAACUAUUGUGGCAAGCAUGUUCCGCAGUCGGACAUCUUCCUCAUGUCUCUUGUCUUGAUGAUCGGAACGUUCACCAUUGCUUACAGUCUCAAGGAGUUCAAAACAACAGGGUACUUCCCGACCAUUAUAAGGCAAACAGUGAGUGACUUUGCCGUUCUUAUCGCUGUUCUGGUCAUGGUAGGAGUGGACAAACUGUUUGGCGUUGAUACACCUAAGCUACUUGUACCGUCAGAAUUUAAGCCCACGUCUGAUGAGCGCAAGAGCUGGUUCAUCGACCCGUUCAACGGCAACCCCUGGUGGACGGCGCUAGCUGGUGUCUUACCGGCCCUUCUAGCAACCAUCCUCAUCUUCAUGGACCAGCAGAUCACUGCUGUCAUUGUCAAUAGGAAAGAAAAUAAAUUCAAGAAAGGGCUAGGCUACCAUCUUGAUCUGUUGAUAGUUGCCGUUAUGUUGGGUGUCUGUUCUAUCAUGGGGUUGCCAUGGUUUGUUGCUGCCACUGUGUUGUCUAUCAACCACGUCAACAGCUUGAGGGUGGAGUCUGAAUGCAAGGCACCGGGAGAGAGACCAAAGAUUGUCGGUUGCAGGGAACAGAGAUUAACAGGUGUGAUGGUCUUCAUUAUGAUUGGAUUGGCUACCCUCAUGACCAAGAUCUUAUCUUUUGUACCAAUGCCUGUCUUGUACGGAGUGUUUCUCUUCAUGGGUAUUGCAUCACUAAAAGGUGUUCAGUUUGUGGACCGUCUAGCACUGUUCUUCAUGCCCCUGAAGUACCAGCCAGACUACAUCUACCUACGCCAUGUCGGUAUCAAGAGGGUUUAUCUAUUCACCUUUAUUCAGCUCAUGUGUCUCGUCGUACUCUGGGUUAUUAAGUCAACGGAUGCAGCCCUUGUCUUCCCCAUCAUGGUACUGGGUAUGGUAUUGGUGAGGAAGCUAAUGGACAAGGUUUUCACCCAGCAAGAGCUGAUGAUGUUGGAUGAUGUGAUGCCGGAGAUGACCAAGAGAGCCAAGCAUGAUCGCAAGAAGAAGGAAGAAGAAGAGGUCGCAGCCUGUGAACAGUUUCAAUUCCUCGCCAAAUUAAAAAGAUUGGGUUGCGGUAUAAAGUGGAAGUAUAAAAAGGGAAGAAAACGGUCGGAUACAUUUCAGCUUUUACAGCGUGCUUCAGCCAUGGCAUCCCAAGAGCAUCCUAAAGUGGCAACAAAUGGUUCUGCGGUUAAAGAGAAAGUGAUAAAAGAUGAAGAAGAAGAAAUGGCCCCUUCACCCCCUCCAUCACCUAAAACUACACCUACAGAAAACCACAAAGAAGAGAAUGGAUCGAUCAAGAACAUCCCUGGUCGUGUCCAGGUACCUCUGUCGGAUGGUAACAUGUUGAGCAUCCCUGUGGACAAGGUGGAGUUUCAUCCCGAGGUCGCAUGCAUCAACAUUCCCGAGGACAUGGCCAAGACCGGUGUCUGGAAAGCCUUGGCCAAGAAUUCAGAAGCUGGUCAGGUUGUCCACAGAAAACCACACGGAAAAGAAAAAACAAAUAGUGGUGGUGCCCGUCCAACUCUCGACCUUCCCACAAUCCCCGGCAGUCCUCGGGAAUCGUCGUACCUAGAGACCCAACGGGGGAGCAUCCAGGAGGUCCGUAUCGAGGUCCCUGAGCAGUUCCGACGCACCCCAUCUCCUCCCCCACCUUACAAUGGUACUGAUAACGAAACCUCUGUUUAAAAGGCUACAAGGUCUCAACUCCAUCACUCUGUGGAUGCUAUGAGUCAAGCAGAAGGAGUUAACUCCAGUUUCCGAUUAUGACUGACUAAUACAGAUACAGAUGUACUUUAUUUUCUCUGUGGUGACAUGUGUAGUCAAAAAGUAUAUAUGUCAAGGCAUGAAGACUGUAUAAUGGCAGGGAAGAUGUUUCAACAGAUGUGUGAUCAUAUCAGAGUUUUAAAGAAUUUACUUUGUCAGUCAGUUUGUUUUUAUUUGUUCGAGAGGUGUGUUCAUAGGAAAUGUAUAUUUUUAUUGAUUGAAAAAAUGAAGUUACACCUUUUGUUUGGUUGGCAGCCUAGUUGCAUGCUGUCAGAAUGCUGUAGGAUCGUCAAAAGUUAAGAACCCAUUAAGAACCAAAAGGGAAAUGAUCUUAUAACUCAUACAUCAUCGUCGGUGAUUUUUUUUUUUAAAAGCCAAUUAUGUAAGAAUGUGUGUGCAAAACUGCUGCAUGAUAUUUAUUAUGUGCGUGUGUUUAUCAAAUGAGAGAAUAUAAUAUUUUGGAGAGAGAUUUCCAGAUAUUGUGGGGUUGCGCCUGUCGGAGAUGAUCUGAUUUACAUCAUAUCCAAAGGGCAUGUAGAAGCGGAGUGUUAAGGCAAUUCACAAUGAAAACAGAAAAAAUUAAAUCUAGAUUGAUAUUGCGACCUUUUGAAAAUACAUGUAUACCACUAAUCUGCAUUGUGUGUGUUGACAGUUAAUAGGUGAUAUCAGGCUUUAUAUCAACUCCCUCCAUUCCAAAAACUUGUAUAUACAUUGCUGUCAUACAUCUUAAAACGGUAGUACUAUACUAUCUGACUCCGAAUUUAAAAUCAUUUCAUCAGGCAGCAAGGAUUAUAUUAAAGAAAGAUAUUAAGUCAAUUUGCUACCUACAUAUUAGGCAGUUUUAUUUCUUUUGUCUUAUGCAGAAAGAUUAUUGGCAGAUAUGAGCUCUCUUUGUAUAGACAAAAUAAAAUCAUGGCUCUAUGAUUUAUAUGAAUAACGAGUAUAUGAUCUCAAUAAUUAAUGAUUUACGCACAUGUAUACCUCUAUCAUACUUAAUUGUCCUUUGUCAUUUUGUUGGGGGUUGUCAAAAACUGUAUCUGAAAAUGUAAAUGAUUUAAGAAAAACUGUAUUUUUUUAUCAUGGCAAUAGUUGCAACCUCAUAUUGUCUGAAAACAGUCUCCUAGUUCCUGGAGAGAAUUUUUCUAUGCAGAAAAGGUUGCUACAUAUGUCAUUCUAAAAAAUAAUAAUAAUAAAAACAACCUAUUCAGAACUAUUAAUUUGGGGAUACAAGGGUAAUACUUUUGAACUAGGAUAUACUCUAAUCUCAGUUUUUCUAGAGGAUUGUAUAACUUUUCUAAACUUGCACAGGCAUGCCUACGGACGCCUGUAUGGGAACAAAAAUAACCGACCUGAAGGAGAGAAUUGGUCAGAAGCCAUCGGUAUUUAUUGUUGUUUAAUUUAAAAAUAGUUUUGUAUGUUCUGGUGUGAUAAUUUAAAGCACCACUCAUUUCAUUUCGUUUCAUGUAUCUCAACAAAUUGUAGAGUUUUAUGAUAGCGAUGAAAAUGCCCACAAGUUGAAACAGUGCAUUGGCGAGUUCACACCAGACCGUAUGAAACAAUCAUUAACUUACAGAUAUAGAUGCAGAAUAUUAUUACAGGGUUAAAAGCUAGAAACAAAUUCUUGUUAGUUAAAAAAAAGAGAAUGAUUAAUUUUAUUCUUGCCAGUAUCAUAUCACCAACACCUUAAAAAAAAAGUUAUCUGUAGUUAUGUCCAGCCGAAGUAGUGUUAAACGGUCAGGGUUAGGAAAAAGAAAAAGAAUUGUGUAUAAAACUGAAUAUGUAAAUAGGCUAAAACAACAUAACAUGGUAGGGUUUCUAUUAUAGACUGGCAAUAAUACAUUUAUUACUUUCGUAACAAUCAUACUUUUUUUUGUAUAAAACUUUAGUCCCCUUUUAACCAAAUAUUUUCGAAGCCAAAAGGGCAAUUAAUGAUCUUGUUUUUAAAGUCUAGUAGUGUAGAUUUUUUUUCCUUGUGUAAAUGUAUAUUUCUUGAGAUUUCAAAAUGUUUGUAAAUUAAUGAUAUUGUCAGGAUAUCGAAAGAAGAAAAAUGGAGGAAAAAAUGUUAAAUUAUUGUAAACUACAUGUUUUUAAGAGCACUUCCAUAACUAAGUGAUGAUUGUAAAGAGAUAUAUUUUGUUCACCUUAUAUUAUGCAACUUUCUACCACUUUGAAUGUGCUUGUCUUUGUUUUAUUGGUGUUCGGUAGUUCUUUUAGUGUCCAUUGAUUGCUGUUUUUGUUGAACAUACUAAACUAAAUUUUUAUUAAAAACAAGAAAAUCAGUGAUUUGGGCAUAUGAAAAGAGUGAUAAAGGAUUAUUAAUAGAAAUUAGAAGAAUGGCAACCAGCCGAAAAAUAAUUUACAUUUUAAGUAUGAUUAUCAUGUUAUUCUCAAAGGCCUGUAUCCUGAAGUUCAGUUUGACUUAGGUCUUGGUCCAUCUCGGCUAAAAUUAUGGCAAGCCCAAAAUAACAAAUUUUAAUCACGAUGUACAUGUAUGGUUUUAAUGUUCAUCGUCCUUUUCAUCAUGCUGUACUGGGGAAAAAAUAAAUUCAGUUAUUAUUCCUAGACAGUCAUGGAUGGUAUGGAUGAGAGAUGGGUUGAUAAAUCAAACCUAUACAUUUACAGAAUUGUGUCACAAUUGGCUUUCCAUAGAUGAAAUACAGCUUUAGGCCUGAUUUUAAGUUAAACACAAGUUCAGAAUACGGGCCAAAGAGUCACGAUGGCCAUUUUCUUUUUAAAUUAUUUUUUUUUAUUCUUGAUUUGAAAUUUCUCCUACUUAUGAUUUGUAUCUAUCACAACACCAGAGAAGGAGUUGUUGAUUCAUGGAAAUUGAAAAUAUACAUUCUUUGUGUAAAUCAUGAUAAAAAGAGAUUUUCAUCAGACAACAUAGAAAAAAAAGAUGUACAGGUUAUAAAUAUGUUUGAGAGUGCAUUUGCUGACUAAUAUGCAUGUACAGUAUACUGGUAAAACUUUGAUGAAAUAUGCUUAACAUACCAUUCUUGAAAUAGACUCUUUUCUUUUCCUCUAGAAAUCUGUGCACAAUCCCCUGAUACAUACAACUCAUAGUUGAUAAUUUCCGUAGUGGUAUUCAGUAGUAAAGAGUAGAUUACGCGCGCA